GAAUGCUGUAGCGGCGGAGGUGUUACCAUGAUGUAACACCGUUCACUCAUUCAGCCCACAGGAGAGCGUCUGCCCGGGCCAGCAGGACUGCAGUGCCGGCCUGCCGAAAAUGGGGCAAACACAGCCAACUGAGCAGAAUGAGCAGGAGAUCGAGGUGAAAGCGCUUCAGGAAAUGUACAAAAAGUUUGUGACGGAAUGUCCGAGUGGGGUUCUGUUUCUUCACGAGUUCAAGCGUUUUUUUGGCGUGGACCCCACGGGGGAAGUUUCAGAGUACGCGGAGGGCAUGUUCAGAGCUUUCGACAAAAACGGGGAUAACACCAUUGAUUUCCUGGAGUUUGUGGCUGCGUUGAAUCUCGUUUUUCGUGGGGACUUGGAACACAAACUACGCUGGUCGUUUAAGGUUUAUGAUAAAGAUGGAAACGGCUAUGUGGACAGAAAGGAACUGCGGGCGAUCAUUGAUAGCAUCUACCGGAUCAAGAAGACCUCGAUGAGGAACCAGGGUGAGCCGCAGCUGAGCGUGGACGAGGUGUGUGAGAGGAUCCUGAGGAGCGUGGACGUGGAUGGAGAUGGUCACAUAACUCUGGAUGAGUUCAUAGCGGGUGCCCAGCAGGACUCCUGGAUCCUGAACAUGCUGAAGCUGGACAUGAACCCGUCCGGCUGGGUGCUGGAACAGAGGAGGAAGAGUGCUUUCUUCUGACCUGGUCCCAGCACCUUGCUCACUGCCUCGCUGCACACAGUGCCUUGCUUAAGGAUUCUGAUCGCUGGGCCAGGUUUAACGCUGAAUCACAAACUGUAGGCUACACUGACAUUUGGCUCUGUUUGAUGUUAUCUUUUAAAACACUGAAACUCAGAAUCAGUUAUUGUAAAGGGACAUUGCUUUGCCUUAUUCUUCUGAAGUUGUUGAAGUUUGUGGACCACACAAACACAGUCUCAGCUGUGCGCUUCUAGUUGUGGAUUAUCUGAUGCACUAAAUAUUCACUUUUAUACAGUUCGUUGCUUUGGGCAAAAGCUUGUGCUUAAUCAAUAGAUGUAAACACAUCCAAGUAUUUUACUGAAUGCUGUAGCCUAACUUAUCCGUUCUGCUGAGUGAAGGUUAGUGGGACAAUUUCAGUUUGUUUCCUCUGCAAUCUCCAUGUAUUAGAUACAUUUCUCUGUUUAUACAUGUCUAUAAAUAUAACUCAGUGUGUAUUUCGGAAUACUUCAUGUAUUAUGUACUGUAUACAAUACAGUACCCUAUAUUAACAGGAGUCCCAUGAGAAUUUAAUGCUUUGACUUUGUACUAUUGUUUUUGCUUUACUAUUAUCAAUAUUAUGUGUGUUUGUUUGCCAAUAAAUACCAUGU